GCCCCGAUGUCCUUCAGUUUACAGUCUAGCCUUUGUGAUACCGUUCCUGAGAAAGUCAUUUCUAGGGUUGGGUUUCGAGCAAGACGCUCGACAAGAUCUUCAGUUUCGUUUCUUGCCAAAUCUUGAAGUGGACGAGAUGAGGGUGAAGCUGCUUCUUGCCUUUGCGAUCGUCGGCCCAGCUACUUUGGCAGGUGCAUUGACGUGCAUCUACUGCGGACCGGCGGAUUCCGGCAUACCUCCGUGCGAUGGCGGGAACACGACGACGAAGUCUUGUUCGACCGAUUAUCAGCACCCGGCCUGCGUGGCCGCGUACGAUCGCAAAGGAGGAAAGCUGGUGUACGGAGACUGCGUCGACACUGCGAAGUCGGAAUGCGUGGCGGUGUCGUCCAACGACACGCAAGUCGGGACCUACCAAUGCGCUUGCAAGACCGACCUCUGCAACGGGCUUACCGACGCCUUCAUCCGAUCUUCUUCUUCUUCUGCUUCUCGUUCUUUCCUCCUUUUCGUCUUCGCCGUUCUUGCGAGCGGCCGCUUCGUCCGUUUCUGAACGGUCGCUUUGGCUUCACUCGUUCGGAAUGCCAUCAUGUUCUUGAAUCGAGAAAAAUCAGGGGAAUCUGCGUUGGAAAAAAAAUCAAAGUGUGUUCAUCGUGCACGUCUUUACGAUUUCAUUCACUGAAGAGAUUUACGUCCCUCAGGAGCGAUUCCUCUCUUUUCACCUUUGUCGAAUAAACGGCAUCUGCAAGAA